CUGAAUUCUCUAAAUCAUGAAGAAGAAGUUCUUCUGCGGGCAGAUGAAGAUGACAUUGAGUUACUUUUGCUGUUACAACAACCUCCCUCAGCCUCAACAGCCUCUGGCUCACCUAAGAUCGGUCGUUAUUUAAGCCACGAGCUGGCUAUUCAACUCGAGGCAAUGAAUGAUUUUCUGCAGCCCUAUGAAGCUUUAUGGCGCACUGCUGCCCAUUAUAAAAAGAGCGCUGAUUUCUGGCACAAUGAGGCCCUAGUUCUCCUUGACAUAAACUCCAUAGAAGACGAGGUAGGUCAAUCUCGUCUUGGGAGUCAUGUAGUACAACCUAGAGCAUAG